AUGUCAGCACCAUCCAGAUCCCCUACGUUGUCUUUAUCUUUGUCCUUGUCUUCUUCAGCUCCUAAAACCUCGCUUAUUAUAUCCAAUUUGAACAAGAAUGACUUCAUCAUACCUUUUCCUAAUGAUAAUGAUAAUAAUGAUGAUGCUACUAGCCAUCAAGAGCCAAAGUUGGUAUCCAAGAAUUUGUCGUUAGUAGACCAAAUCAAGCUAAGUGUGCUAAACACUGGUGAUGAUAUCAUGCAGCAUAUUGUAUAUUGGUCUGUUUUGCCAUUUCUAUACCGGAUCAUUGUUAUUUUCGAUAGCGAGGCAAUAGCAAAGCAGACGUUGGAUUUUUUAACAGAGUUGCUAAAACCGUAUUCAUAUAUCAAGAUUUCAUUACAAGAGAAUCUCCUUCAACGAUCCAAGUCUCAUGACCAAGUGGAAACGUCAACAUCCAUCACCAAUGAUCACCUCAAUGUCACCAAGAGUUUAGCUAACUUUAGAGCUUUCCAUAACGAUCCCAAGAAUAAUAACAAUGUUUCAGCAACAACUUUAGAAUAUAUUGAGCCCGAACCCGCCCAGUUCAACGUCUUGUCUGAUUUAUCCAAAUUAGGGAUAAAUUUGAGAAAUUACAACAGCGAUGAACAAUUGGAUGAAUUGAAACAGGACGAAGAGGAAAAUGCAGCUAAUGCAGCUAAUGCAGCUGCAAGACCGAAAAGUCCAACAUCAUUAUCUCCCAUAUUGCCACAGGGUAUGGGUAUUUGCAAUAAUGCCGCCCCAGCAAGGCGUAGAUCUACAAAGACUCUAUUUAAACCAGAGUUGAGAUUAGAUACUAGCAGUGGCAGUGCAACAAAUGACGAUUCCACCAAAUCAGCGGGAAACCCAUCCCCCAUGAAGCUGGACUUCCCAUUGUCUCCAACAAUAACUUUGGACGAAACAUUUUAG